AUGCCGAACAGCCCGGAUGGAGGCGACUGGGCCCAAAUGGCCGGCUUGGAAAAAUGCGUUCGAUUGUUGUUUUCCCGAUGCCAUGACCACCUGGUCGACCGCUUCGAGAAGGCGAUUACGACCAAACAGGCCCUGAGCACUCUGCUGAAAGGAAGCUUCGAGGAAGUCUGCACAGCCACGUUUCCUGCAUCGCCCAUGACGAUGGAGCUGGAUUACGAGGCAUGCGAGGCGAACUACAGGCUCGAAUUCACCCACGAUUGCGUUGCCACCGCAUGUGCAGAGGAAAAAUGCAACCUCUGCGAAAAUAAUCCCAAAAGGAGAUGUGGCAACCAGUGCUUCAAGAAGAAAUAUUUCAUGCAGGAGAUCAUUGUUGCCAGAUGUGGGGCCCCCAUGAGGGUGCGCUUGGUGGAUAUGCAGACAAACGAAACUGCCAGGCUUGACACCAAAGUUGAGGCAUGCAUUCUAAAUGGGCCUGACUUUGCGCAAUUCUUCACAAAUGGCAUUCCAAACUGUGCCGAUGAGAAUCUGGAGGCUUGCCAGGAGAAAUGGGCUGGUGACCAGGGUCCAGCAUUGCUUCAGUCUGCAUAUGCUGCCAACAAUGCCAAGAGUGGUUUAGUGGAGUUCCGCCUCAAGGGAGGCGAGGCAGAGCUUCCCAAGCUGAAGGUGAUGCACAGCAGCGAGGCCCUCCUGGGUGGCCGCAGGACACCCUUCCGGUUGCUUGUUGGGGUGACGGGCACAGGGCCCCUGGAGCCAAGCCUUGUGACGCCUGCGAUUACAGAUGACUUUGUGGUGGCGACCCAGAGGUCGAAACUGGCACAGAAGAAGGAGGUGCCUCUGAAGCACGACCAGGUAUCUACUCUUGAGCAAAUGGGUGGGCAGCGAGUGGAGACACUGAGCAGGCUGGGGGAUGUACUCAUGAAGCAGCUGAGCUUGUCCAAGCUGCCUCGAGGAUGGCCAAAGCAAGUUGACACAGUUGACGAUUUUCUGAAGCUUGCUCAUGCAGUCAAACUGGAUUCCAGGCUGAGGAAAAAGGUCACCAGUAUGCUGCGGAUGAGUGACAACCAGUGGAAUGAGGCGUGCGAUCAUGCCAUGACCGCUGUCCCAUCGGACAGCCGCCUCCGUGUGUGGUGGUACCGAAAUGGCGGCGAGCUGGGCCCCAUGGUGGGCCUGCUGUACUCUUGCACCCUAGGAGAGGUGGACUUGACCAAGCCACAAGGCUUGGUCGAGGUUGUUGAGCAUACGUACAACAGUAUCAGUUAUGACACGGCCUUCCGUGAGGAGCAGGAGAGGAUGGACGAGCUACACAAGCAGGCAAAGGAAUGUUGGUCAAGGCCUCGGCAUCCUGGGUGGGGCAUAUACCCCACGACUCAGGAUUUCACCUCCCAGGAUUUCCAGCGAAACCCCGAAAUGCUACCAUCGCCUCCACCCCGUUGUGUGACCCCGGUGAGGAGGAAGCGCAAAAACAGCGACUUCGUGGCCGUGACAACCGUGACCAGCCCGAUGGUUGUCUACCAGCCGGCUACAGAUUUCUCCUUCCCAACCGUUUGCACUGUUCAGCACGCUGAAGACGUGGCAAUGGCCGAUGAUCAAGCUUCCCCCACCCGUUCGAUGUCUGGUGAACGCAGCCCCAAGGCCGUGAUCGUUACACAGCCACCCAUCACCCAACCAAGUCCAAUAAUGAAACCCGACCCGGAACCCCUGGAGCAGCGGUCGCCUUCCCCAGUACCACAGGAUGCGGCGAGCCCGCCUCCCCCCCAGAAUACAGACAUGCCUGCCCCAAGGCCACCAGGGAAGCCUUUCAAUGGGACUUCACUUGACCUUUACCGCUUGCAGCAGCAGGAACAGCAGCAACAGCAACAGCAGAAGAAGAAGGUCGAGGGGCGAAGUGCAGAGCUCAAGAGUCCGCAGCAUGAUGUAUCUCGCUUUCUUAACGUGAAAAAACUCAACGAAUGA